AUGCACGGACUAACUCUUCUCCCCAUCUUCUUCGCCCUGCCGUCUCUAGGCGCGCUCGUAGACAGGCAAUUUCCCCACCUCAUCAUCCCAGUCGAUGCCGACGCUCCAGACAAAGCCUACGGCACUCAGCUACGUGGCAAGAUCACCCAGCAGCAAUACACCGAGAUCUCCUUUGAUAUGCCCUCCAACGAUGCGCAAUGGUGUCAACUAAACUUCUUCAUCAAUACGUCCCCCAGCAAAGGCGCACCCUGGACGCUCUGGGGCCAAGCACCGUACACCUUCAACAUUUCCUCGCUGCCACCUACCAUCAACAAAGACACGGAUACCUGGAACUCGCGUCCGCAGCCCAUCAGCACCGUUGCGACGGUCACGUUGAGACAUAAUGGAACUGCGAGUAUCUCGGGCGGCGCGGUGUAUCCGUGCCCGAAGGGUCAGGUCGCACAGUUCUUGCUGCAUCCAGGAAGUGAUGAUCGCGACUUCGGACUGGACUGGUUUGAGCUGAAUUAUCCCGUGAAUGAAGGCGGGCCGCAUGGGAUUGUAUUUGAUAUGCUGAAGUAG